AUGGGUGGUGUCACCGUUCGCGAUGUGGACGCGCAGAAGUUCAUCGCUGCCUACUCUGCUUUCCUGAAGCGUCAGGGCAAGCUUCCCAUCCCUGGAUGGGUUGACACUGUCAAGACUUCCUCCUCCAACGAGCUCCCUCCCCAGGACGCUGACUGGUACUACGUCCGCGCCGCUGCCGUUGCCCGUCACAUCUACAUGCGCAAGACCGUCGGUGUCGGCCGCCUGCGCAAGGUCCACGGCUCGACCAAGAACCGUGGCUCCCGCCCCAACCACCACGUUGAUGCCUCCGGCUCCGUCGACCGCAAGGUCAUCCAGUCUCUCGAGAAGAUCGGUGUCCUUGAGUACGAUGAGGAGAAGGGCGGUCGCCGCAUUACCCAGGCCGGCCAGCGGGAUCUUGACCGGAUUGCCAAGACCACCGUUGACGAGGAGGAGGAGGACGAGGAGUAA